GAGUCAGUUCAAGCGAAUUUGCGCACUGCUAGCAUUUGCAAGAGGCUUCGGAUACUUCUGGCCAGUCCUGGCGCCAGACUAAUUACUGUUCCAUGCGGAGGCAGCUUUCCAAAGUCUGCUUUUCCGCUACAACCCAAAUCCAUUCCCUAUGUCGACUUGUUCAUACAUCUGUUCGCUGCUCCUCCGCUAUAACCCUUCCGCUUCAUAUAGUGCAUGAUGCAUAUUCCGGCCCAAGCACAACCGUUGCUUCACAAAAGAAUUCCAAGGACAUCAUCCAAAAGGAAAAGCUUUCUGCUCUUAUGGAGGUCCUCUCGUGCGAGACACGGAGUUAUUCCAGAGUAUGGUCAUGCUAUGUCGAUUUCAUGAACUAUGCGGAAUGUGACGAUCUUCCUCUGGAAGUUCAUCAAGCAGUUCUUCGACGUUGCGUCCCGGGCGCGUAUACCUUGAGAGCAUGGACAGCACGUCGCAUGCAAGCAGGCCAAGCUUCUCGCAUCCCUCACCAUUUUGAGGCCCGUCUCAAGACCGUCAUGCGUAAUAUCCGAGCAACAGGCGCAGAUGCCACUCUUGACGACUACCAUGUCGUCCUGCAUCAGUUCGCCGCUGUGGGUCACUAUACCGGUGCAAUGCAAGUACUCACAGAACUCACGCACGUCUGCAAACUGGACCCUGAAGCGAAAACCUUCGGCCUAUGCCUCAAAGCAAUCGCACAUCGUUUGUCUCUGCCAAUAUAUAAGGUGCACCGCGAGGACAUGCUUGCUGAUGCGAGCAAGCUUUGCCGGAAGCUGCUCAAGGAAAUGUCAGCUCGGGAUAUGCCUUUAACAUCUUUCAACCUUGACUUGGUGAUACGUAUCUUGAAGGAGGUGUUAGAUCAGGAGGGCUUCUUUCAGCUCAUGAAGCUGGGCUAUGGUAUAGACUUGGAUUAUCCAGACCACCCUCCAUUACAAGGCUCCAGCAUGUUGUCACCUUUUUCCACCGCCGCUCUCAAUACUACCCUUGACAUGCUCGGUCGCCUCGGCAAUGUAGCCAAACUCGUCCAAACUUUCGAGGUCCUCACCCAACCCCUUCCACCACAAGCCAGCCAGCACUAUUCACAAGAGUUCGAUGAUGAGGAUGACUUUGGAAUCGCAAACCCCGCGUCGACCGAGCCACACCUAACACCCCACGCCCGACCUAAUACUACUUCGUACAAUAUCUUACUGAAGCAUAUCUCGCGCGCAGGCCAUGCCACCUUUGCGCGACAUUACCUCUACCAAGCUGUGCGCCUGGAUCGUUCGGUCGACCGUCUUCUACGGAGUCAGCUGUAUCGUGAUCCCCAUGGCACGCUUGCACCGCACUUCAGCCUUAACCGGGGCACCAUAAUACCUGUUUUUGGAGAGGCUAACAGAGACAAGAAUAUAGAGUUGAUGCGAUGGGUUGGAUGGGUUACGAGACAGACCAUACGGAGGAAGAAAAACGAUAUCGCGUGGUACUCUGAGCUACGCGACAGCCUCCCUCCUCCUCUAUCUCCUUCAGAACCAACUUCCUGUAGUUCUUCCAGCUCCUCUCCACCAGACGUCUCGACAGCUCUAGAUGUCGACCUCGACACACCUUCCACGGCCCCAGAAUUCCACCCACGGGAGAAAAUAUUUGAUAUAAACCUCCACCUAAACAUCCUCCAGAAAAAUCUAGACGAACUCGUGACGUGGUACGAGAACCACUAUGAAGUCGCAUUCAGUCGGGUGACGCAACGGGUGAAGGAGCGACUUGGCAGACGGGUAUGGGCUGGGAAGAAUAUUUAUUUGCUCAGCAACAAUGCUCGGGUAAUUGUGCCAAGGAAUGCAUGGAUGAGGAUCGUGAACUUCAAGCAAGGAAAGACAGGUCUUUCAGGAGAUCAUGGUGGUCGAAUUAUGCGGAACGGGUGGGUUGCAGGAUAUAAAGGAUUCAGAGCACCCAGGCCCCAGCCCCUGCAGUUUUUCGACCCGUCAUCGAUGAGUUGAUUUGACCAAGCAAUGCCUGUCUGGUGUCGUCACCGUCUGGUCAUCUCAU